AAAACAAGACACACGAACAAAUAACGUUGGUUUCUUUGCUUCAAUUGAAGUGCAGCAAUUAGAUGGCACCAAACUAUCGCGGAUGGUUUUGGCCGCUCGUGGCCGUGGCGGGCACGGCAACAGCAGCAGUCGUAAUAUACAAGUACGCGACGAGAGGACUGCGCGAUCACGGAGACAGCGAGACGCAGACGAUCGGGAAUACUCAAGAAGACGAAGAUGUGGAUUACGAGUGGCUGUCGGAAGCGGACGACGAAGUGGGGGAAGCGCAGCACAGCGAGCACUUGCAGACGGCAAACCAGGGAAAGAACAUGCUGCUGGCCAUGUUCGGAUUCAUGUUGAUGAUACUAGUGAUGGCAGUGUCACUAGUGAUCACGUGGAACAGCGAGGACGACGAAAUAUCAUUUGUGGAGCUGCCGAUGUUCCAGCCAUUAAUGUGGAUCGCCGUCGGUAUCUUUACAGCUGCUAGUAUGGAGCUAUUCACUCGCUCAUCGAGAGGGAUUGACCAAGAUAUCCCAGUUCUUGAGGAGAAAGCGGUGUUUCCUCACGACGCGAGUGACUUCGAGCUUAUCCGACAGCAUAAUGCAAGCUCUGCGCUGCAGAAUAGCAAAGGUGUUAUAACCCGCCCAGCUCGUCAUGCUAAUGAUGCCGAUGAAGAAAAGGAAAGUGUUCCUGGAGAUAUCGCGGCAGUUAUCAAGCGCGCCGAUGAAUUGUUUGAGCAGGGUCAGCACGCUCAGACACGAGAAUAUUUAAAAGCCGAGCUACCAAAGUAUCCUCCGAGCGUCGAAAUGUUGUGGCGUUUAGCUCGCGCAUGCAAUUAUCUCGUCGAGGAGAAGAGCAACCCUGACGAAAAGAAGGCGCUAGCUUUUGAAGGCUUAGCCGAUGCGGAGAAGGCGUAUGCUUUGAACAAAGACUCGGCUGCGUCCAACAAGUGGAUGGCCAUCAUGACCAGCACGGUGGGGAACUUUCGAGAUCUUAAGGAGAAGAUCGCAGGUGCCUACGUCAUUCGGGAUCACAUUCAACGAGCCAUUGAGCUGGACCCGAGUGACGCCACGUCUCACAACAUCCUUGGACAGUGGUGUUUGGCCUUUGCCGACAUGACUUGGAUCGAAAAGCGCGCCGCUGCUGCACUCUUCGGUACUCCACCUACCGCUACAUAUGAGGAAGCCGUUGAGCACUUUCAGGCAGCAGAAAACAUCAGCCCUGGGUUCUGGAAGAAGAACGUGUUUCUCCUCGCGCAGACCUACUUAAAAAUGAAGCGAACCAAGGAAGCAGCGAAUUGGGUGUUAAAAGCCAAGGCAGUUCCGGUGAAGACGAGAGAGGACGAGGAGGUAGAGAGAGAGAUCGCAGCGCUGAUGAAGCAAUUGAAGUUGCAAUAAAAUAAUUGAAGGUCGGACCAUGUU